AUGUCUCCAUGCCACCGAGCCCGAAACUCGUCGCAGGCCCCGCCGAAAUCUUCGCUUUAUCCCACCGCCUUAUUCCUGCUCGCUUUGACUUCCCUGCCCGGGCAGAGCUCGGCGGCGAAUCUGCCGUGGGGUAUGGCCCAAACCCUCGACGGAUCGGUUCAGGAUUUAGCAGCUCUGGUGGUGGCGGACCUCGACCAAGACGGCUCGGACGACGUGAUCGGUGUCGGUCCCGGGGGGCUCCGGUGGUGGCCCAGCUCCCAGGCGGGAAUCACAAUCGACGCGGGCACCAGCGAUUGGCAGCAGCUCAUCGUCCGAGAUCUAGACGCCGAUGGCGACCCCGACCUGGCAGCGGUGUCCCCCACCGACGGUCUAUGCUGGUGGCAAAAUUCGAGCGGUGACGCCUCGACCUGGAGCGCCUCGACGAUCGACGGCUCGGUCGUGGGCCGCGGUCUGGCUGUCGCCGACCUAAACCUCGACGGCACGGUUGAUUUGAUUGCGGGUCUCGGUGGAGGCACCGGCUCCGUGGAAUGGUGGAGCAAUACCUUGGGCGACGGCUCCAAUUGGGUCAGAGCCGCCGUCGACGCCUCCGUGGCCCACAGCUCCUCCGUGGCGGUGGUGGACUUGGAUCGCGACGGUGACCCCGAUGUCGUCGCCACCGCCGACGGCAGCACAGAUCUUCUCGCUUG